GGCAAGAGCACAUCAAACCCCACACUCCAUUUAUCAUCUAUCUCUACUUUCUACUAUACUCUUUUAGAACCUUCUACUAUAAAUUUUGUGCCUCCAACCAAACCUCCCACCAACAUUCUACUCUUCACCUCCUCCUUUCUCUCUCUGUUUCACACUAAAGAAAUGCACACCACCAAAACUCUUUCUUUAUGCAUGUUACUUGUUCUUCUGUUCAAUGUUGUUGUGGCUGGAAAUGAAGAUAAUUCUGGUGAAUCUGGGAACCCAUUUACACCGAAAGGUUAUCUGAUUAGGUAUUGGAAGAAACAAGUCUCAAAUGACUUGCCAAAGCCAUGGUUUCUUCUCAACAAAGCGUCACCAUUGAACGCUGCACAAUAUGCAACUUACACAAAGCUUGUAGCAGAUCAGAAUGCACUCUCCACACAGCUUCACUCCUUUUGCUCUUCAGCAAAUCUGCUGUGCGCCCCAGAUUUGUCACCAAGUCUUGAAAAGCACAGCCAAGAUGUCAACUUUGCAUCUUACAAUGACAAGAACUUCACCAAUUACGGCACUACCAGAGCUGGCGGAUUUGACGGGUUCAAGAAUUAUUCUGACGGAGAAAACAUCCCUGUAGAUUCUUUCAGACGCUACAGCAGAGAUUCCGGAGGCCAUGAUGAUAGAUUUUCCAAUUAUGCCCCUGAUGGAAAUGUAAUUGACCAAAGUUUCAACACCUAUGGCACAAAUGCUGCUGGGGGUACUGGUAAAUUCACAAACUACGGUCCAAAUGUGAAUGUCCCCAAUAUUAAGUUCACUUCCUAUUCCGACGCAGCUACCGGUCGGAAUCAAGAUUUUACUGCCUACUCACAAAAUGCUAAUGCUGGUGACCAAUCUUUCAGUAACUAUGGCAAAAAUGGGAAUGGGGCUGAUAGUAAAUUCACCAGCUAUGGUACAGACACAAAUGUUAUAGGUUCAACCUUUACAAACUAUGGUCAGACAGCAAAUGGUGGCAACCAAAAUUUCACAUCUUAUGGUACCAAUGGAAAUGUUCCUGAAAAUAAUUUCAAGAACUAUGGUGCUGGUGGUAAUGGUCCAACUGAGACUUUUACUAAUUACAGAGAUCAAGCUAAUGUUGGAGAUGACAAUUUUCAGAACUAUAUCAAGGAUACAAAUGCUGGUGAAGCAAAUUUUGUCAACUAUGGUCAAUCUUUUAACGAAGGUACUGAUAAAUUCACUGGCUACGGUAAAGGUGCUAACGACCCAAAAGUUAAUUUCAAAACUUAUGGGGUUAAUAACACUUUCAAAGAUUAUGUCAAAGAUUCUGCCACAUUUUCUAAUUACCACAACAAAUCAUCUCAAGUUUUGGCUUCGUUGACCGAGGUCAACGGUGGCAAAAUGGUGAAUAACCGGUGGGUUGAGCCCGGAAAGUUUUUCCGGGAGAAGAUGUUGAAGAGUGGUACAAUUAUGCCUAUGCCAGAUAUAAAGGAUAAGAUGCCUAAAAGGUCGUUUUUGCCCCGGGUGAUUGCUGCUAAAUUACCAUUUUCUACCUCCAAGAUUGGCGAGAUGAAGAAAAUCUUUCACGCCGGCGAUGAUUCUCCGGUGGCAAAGAUGAUCGGCGAUGCUUUGACGGAGUGUGAAAGAGCACCGAGUGCCGGCGAGACAAAACGGUGUAUUAACUCAGCUGAAGAUAUGAUUGAUUUUGCAACUUCCGUUUUGGGCCGAAACGUUGUCGUUCGAACAACUGAGAAUACAAAAGGGUCAAAGGAGAAUAUCAUAAUAGGAUCAGUCAAAGGAAUCAACGGUGGAAAAGUCACCAAAUCAGUGUCUUGUCAUCAGAGCUUGUUCCCUUACUUGCUCUAUUACUGCCAUUCGGUUCCUAAAGUUCGGGUCUACGAAGCGGAUAUUUUGGACCCGAAUUCAAAGGCCAAAAUCAACCAUGGAGUUGCUAUUUGCCAUGUGGAUACGUCUUCAUGGGGACCCAGUCAUGGAGCAUUUGUUGCACUCGGGUCGGGACCCGGGAAGAUUGAGGUUUGUCACUGGAUCUUUGAAAAUGACAUGACUUGGGCAAUUGCUGAUUGAGCCAAGCAAAGGAUUUGAAUUGAAUAAAUGUGCAAUUUUUCUUAUUCGGGUCGAACCGGGUGUGUUACAAGAAGAAGAAAAAGGUACCACUGGUUUGACUUUUAUAGUAAUUAAUUAAUUAUUAUUAUUAUUAUAGACUCAUUUAUAUUUUGAGUACCCUUUUGUGUAAGUUGUUCAACUUUUGCCUUCAUUAACUUUGAAUGGCUGUCAAUUUACAAUUGUUAUGUAAUCAUUCUAUUGUUGUCUCUCUA